AUGGAUUUUGUUGCUGGAGCCGUCGGAGGUGUCUGCGGUGUUGCUGUGGGUUACCCCCUGGACACGGUGAAGGUCAGGAUCCAGACGGAGCCCAAGUACACGGGCAUCUGGGACUGUGUCCGGGACACGUAUCACCGGGAGCAGCUGCGGGGCUUCUACAGGGGCCUCUCGCUGCCCGUGUGCACCGUGUCCCUGGUCUCCUCCGUGUCCUUCGGCACCUACCGCCACUGCCUUGCGCACAUCUGCCGGGUCCGCUACGGCAGCGCCGACGCCAAGCCCGCCAAGACCGACAUCACGCUCUCGGGGUUUGCCUCCGGCCUCGUCCGCGUGUUCCUGACCGCGCCCACCGAGGUGGCCAAGGUCCGCCUGCAGACGCAGGCGCAGCAGCGGCGGCGUCCCUCGGCCUCGGGGCCCUUGGCCACGCCCCCCACGUGCCCCGAGCCCCCCGCGGGUCUGCCGGCCGGGCCCAAGUACCGCGGGCCGCUGCACUGCCUGGCCACGGUGGCCCGGGAGGAGGGGCUGCGUGGCCUCUACAAGGGCAGCUCGGCCCUGCUCUUCCGGGACGGGCACUCCUUCGCCACCUACUUCCUCUCGUACGCCAUCCUCUGUGAGUGGCUGACUCCCGCCGGCCAUAGCCGGCCAGAUGUCUCGGGCGUGCUGGUGGCCGGUGGCUGUGCGGGGGCGCUGGCCUGGGCCGUGGCCACGCCCAUGGACGUGAUCAAGGCGCGCCUGCAGGCGGACGGCCGGGGCCACUGUCGCUACCAGGGCCUCCUGCACUGCGUGCUGACCAGCGUGCGGGAGGAGGGGCCGCGCGUGCUCUUCAAGGGGCUGCUGCUCAACUGCUGCCGUGCCUUCCCCGUCAACAUGGUGGUGUUCGUGGCCUACGAGGCCGUGCUGAGGCUCACGCAGGGCCUGCUCACAUAGCUGGUGCCCCCCACCCACCCCAGGCCGGGGGGCGCCAACCUGCCAAGAGCUCCCAGGGGGGCUGCAAGGAGCUAGAGGAGGCGGAGGGGAGUGCGAGGGUCUGGACCCAGGGGGCUAAUACCCCCCGGCCCGGCGACAGACCAUGAGGGGAGGUGGGGGGCCCUGCCUGCCGCUGGCUCUGUUGACCUGAGGGUCAGAGCCAGGAAGGAGCGGCAGGCCCCUGGGGAUGAGGAUGUGUUGGCCCAGGGCUGUCUGUGCAUUUGGUUGGUGGGUCCGUCCCUGGCUUCCCUUUCAGCCUUCCCCACCGCCCUGGGUCCUCAGGGCACCCCUGCGUCCAGCUGACACCCCCUCCUGCACCCCACCCUCCUCAGUCAGCUCUCCCUGCUCUGCGGGCCGCCCUUCAGGCCUGGGACCCGGGCACAGCCGUCGGGCGCCCGCCGGCUCGGUCCCUGCACCAGGCAGCCCCGGGAGCUUCGUGUGAGGCCUGGUCCCCCUUGUUCCACCUGCAGAGCCAGGACUCAGCGGGGAGCUGUUGCUAAUAACACGUUUUUCUCAGGCUGCUCAGGCAUGUUGCUCUGUGUUCUGUGGGGCUGGUGACUGUUUUCUGCCUCGUCAGCUGGUCCUCAGAGGCCAAGGCCCUUGCCGCCUGAGUGGCCGGGGCGCCCACCAGGCGGACAGUGCACGGAGGCCCAGCGCAGCUCCCGACUCCCCCAGCUUGUGCGAGGAGCCCGCCGCAGCACAAAGCCGGUUCUCCUUACUCCCCUCCCCGUCCCAAACCCACCGACUUUCUGAGUCAAGACCAGGGCCUGCAGGAGGGGGCCGGUGUAUCCUCAGCACCGUGGGGUCCUCAAGCAGGUCAUCACGCUGGCUCAGAGGGGGAGCCAGGCCUGCCCAAGGCCACACGGCAGGGAGGAUGGGGGACCUCACACCCGC